ACGUUCGCUGCUUCGUGAGUUAACACACCCCUUUCGACCCUCGUCGUGCUGGACCCUCGUCCUCGCUCUACGAGGUCUAGGGUUUCGCCCCCUUGUUCCUCUUCUCUGCGUAGUUCUCAGGUCUAUAUCUCUUCGUCUUCAACUUCUUCGUCUUCGUCUCCAACCUCUUUGCUGGUGUUCGGCUUCGCGGCGGCGGAGAUGUCGCUGAGACCGAGCGAGAGGGCGGAGAUCCGCCGGAUCAAGUACAAGGUGGCGGUGGACGCGGAGGAGGGGCGGCGGCGGAGGGAGGACAACAUGGUGGAGAUCCGCAAGAGCCGCCGCGAGGAGAGCCUCCAGAAGAAGCGCCGCGAUGGCAUGCCCCCCCAGGCGAUCCACUCCUCCGGAAUGGACAAGAAGCUCGAGAGCCUUCCAACGAUGGUGGCAGGCAUCUACUCGGACGACAAUGCCGUGCAGAUUGAGGCGACUACGCAAUUCAGGAAGCUAUUGUCAAUCGAGCGAAACCCUCCUAUUGAGGACGUUAUCAAAUCUGGUGUGGUACCUCGCUUUGUUGAGUUCCUUACUCGGGAGGAUCUGCCCCAGCUCCAGUUUGAAGCAGCUUGGGCCCUCACCAACAUUGCCUCAGGGACUGCGGAACACACUAAGGUUGUCAUAGAUCAUGGUGCCGUUCCAAUAUUUGUAAAGCUAUUAAGUUCACCGAGUGAUGAUGUCCGCGAGCAGGCUGUCUGGGCUCUGGGAAAUGUUGCUGGUGAUUCCACAAGAUGCCGUGAUCUUGUUCUUGGCAAUGGGGGAUUGAUUCCACUGCUGCAGCAACUGAACGAGCAUGCGAAGCUCUCGAUGCUGAGGAAUGCCACAUGGACUCUGUCAAACUUCUGCAGAGGGAAGCCACAACCAGCUUUUGAGCAGGUUAAGCCUGCUCUUCCAGCACUUGCCCGCCUCAUCCACUCAACUGACGAGGAAGUCCUUACUGAUGCUUGUUGGGCGCUAUCGUACUUAUCUGAUGGAAGCAAUGACAAAAUUCAAGCAGUGAUUGAAGCUGGUGUCUGCCCUCGGCUCGUGGAGCUUCUUCUAUAUCCAUCGCCUGCGGUACUCAUUCCAGCCCUUCGAACUGUUGGCAACAUUGUUACUGGAGAUGAUGUCCAGACACAGCACAUGAUCAAUCAUCAAGUACUUCCCUGCCUUAUGAACCUCAUAACUCAUAAUCAUAAGAAAAGUAUCAAAAAGGAAGCCUGUUGGACCAUUUCAAAUAUCACAGCUGGGAACAAUGAGCAGAUCCAGGCUGUGAUUGCUACUGGCAUAAUAGGUCCUCUAGUGCAACUGCUGCUAACAGCUGAGUUCGACAUCAAGAAAGAAGCAGCAUGGGCCAUCUCAAAUGCUACCUCUGGAGGCACACACGAUCAAAUAAAGUAUCUUGUUAGCCAGGGUUGCAUCGAACCUCUCUGUGACCUCCUGGCUUGCCCCGACGCAAGAAUCAUAACGGUAUGCUUAGAAGGGUUAGAGAAUAUUUUGAACGUGGGUGAAGCUGAGAAGAACCUGGGUCCCACUGGUGGGACCAAUCUGUACGCACAAAUGAUCGAUGAGGCCGAGGGUUUGGAGAAGAUCGAGGCUCUUCAGAACCAUGACAACACGGAGAUCUAUGAGAAGUCAGUGAAGAUUCUCGAGACAUAUUGGUUGGAGGAGGAUGAUGGUGAAGGCAUGAUACUGGAUGAUGGGACCCAAAAUGGUGGGUUUUCUUUUGGAAGUGAGAAUGUCUCUGUACCUUCUGGUGGGUUCAAAUUUGGUUAGAAAGAGGUUCUUUCAAAAGAAUGAAGCAUGGCUGUGGCAGUUUGUGCCCAAGUCAAAACAUCAGUCGGGUCGAGUUGAGGUGAUGCGUCCAUCAGUUUGGGUCCCCUUCGGUUUGGUUUCGGGCGGUUUCGUGUUGGCACAAAUAAACGCCAGUUCUUUUGCAACACAGGUUAUGAUCAAUUUGCUUCUUCAAAAUGUGGAUUUGAAGAUUGAUGUCUGAUCUAGAAAUAUUGGAUUGCUGAGAAAAUUGAUUUUGUCUACAGGUUUUAGACAUUUUGCAUUAUGUACAGCAUCGAGUACUUUGUUGGGUUUUUUUUUUUUUUUCCUCUCUUUUUCCUUCCAAAUCUCAGAAAUCAGUGGAGAUUAUUUUCUUGGUUAGGCUCUUUUUGUCAAAUGGGUACUCUGGUCGAGAGGAGAUGAGGAUCUUAGUUUGUCUGCAUGCAUAUUGCUGGUAUCAUUUUGUGUUUUUAGUUGGGGGUUAGUUCUUAUCGCACUUGAAUUUAAACUAUAUAUUGUUCAUCAAUCAUCAUGUAAAGUUUGCUUACCGGUCUUUUCUUAUAGAUGCAUGAUGCACUGGAAAAGUAUUUUACUUCUCAAAGCAAAGAACUUUAAGGAAGUUUCAAAUUUUAUU